AUGGGAGAGUAUAAUACUAAUACCUUUGAACUUAUAUACCUCAGUUUACCAGAUGAGAAAUUUAUGCCACCUAUCGGUAAUGGCCAUAUUGCUACAAAUGUCUUGAGUGAUACCAUAUACAUGAAUGGAUUUUACAAUGGUUACAGAGAAGAUAGCCACAGAGCCAGAUUGCAAGCCACUUCAGCUGUUGAUGUUCAGUUUGAUGACGGUCGUGAUUCUAGAUAUUACGCCCUGGAUGUGUUAAAUGGUAAACAAGAAUGGAACAGAAUUUGGAAGAAUGGCCAUAUAGAAAUCCAUGGUGAUAAUAAAGAGCUCCAAAGGAAUAUUCAUGCAGCCUUCUAUAACAUAUUAUCUUCUUUACCACAAAAACAAAAUGAUCACAAUCCGUUUAUAGGAUUAAGCCCAGGUGGAUUAUCUCGUGGUGGUAAAAUCAACCCCAAUAUAACUGGGGGUCCUUCAAAUGACUAUGCAGGUCACGUGUACUGGGAUAUGGAUACGUGGAUAAUGCCACCAAUUAUGAUGUUUCAUCCAAAUUUAGCUCGCUUGAUUAUAAAUUCUAGGAUUCGAGUGCUAGAUACAGCAAAGGAAAACGCCAAAGGAACUAGGUACUUGGGAGCCCGAUUCCCAUGGGAACAAGCUGUUACUGGUAUAGAGACGUGUCCAUGGGAUUUAGCAUCAAAAUAUCAAGUACAUGUGACAGCUGAUGUUUCAUAUGCUCUACGACAAUAUCUUUACGUAUCAUCUAAAGAUGACGCAACUGAUAUUUUGACCAACGGUUGAUCGUCACUUGCCUUAGAGAUUGCAAAAUUUUGGGAAAGUCGUGUUAAUAAAACUGAUGACGGGAAUGACAUAUUAGGUGUAAUGGGACCGGACGAAUACCAUUACAACAUUAACAAUUCAGUAUUUACUAACUACAACGCAAAGUUAAGUUUGAUGCUGCCUUCAUUUCUAGACGACAGUUAUAAAGGUAUUGACUCGAAGCAAAAGAAUGAAAUUGCAAAGUAUAAGGAAACUGCAAGUAAACUCAAAAUACUCUUUGACGAGCAUGAAAGAUUUCAUCCUCAGUUUGAGGGAUUCAGAUUAAAAGAUAAAAUAAAGCAAUCUGAUGUCGUUCUCCUGGGAUUUCCGUUGUUAAUGCCAAUGGACCCUGAAAUAAGACAAAACGACCUGGUAGUAUAUGAAAAAAUGACCGAUCAAUUUGGACCAGAUACUGGCACUUGGAGUAUGCACACUGUUGGAUGGUUGGAACUACAGAAUGAACCAAAAGCUCAAGAUAUGUUCAAAAUGUUACUCAGGAAUAUCAAUGGUCCAUUUAAGGUAUUCAGUGAGAAACCUUCAAACGCGCCUGAUGGACCAAGAUGUGUAAAUUUUAUAACUGGAGCAGGAGGUUUAUUGCAGGCUGUCAUUUUCGGCUACGGUGAAAUACGGAUUCGUGAAUCACAAUUAGAUUUUAAUCCUCACCUUUUGCCAGGUGUCAAUCGUUGGGCAAUGAAAGGAUUGAAAUACAAGGGAUUUGAAUUUGAUGUUUCUGUAAAUCAAAGCGAUAUCCAGGUAACACUGAUAAGUGAAUCUGACGGAAAAUCGGCGUUAACAAUACAAUCGUCAUCUAAAAAAGAAUUGAACACACAAAUUGGAAUGACUAAAACGUUCAAAAGAGGAAAGGUUGUAUUUAAGGUGGAAGAUUUUCCCCAUCGUACACCAACGAUAGGCGGUAAUACAGUUUCUGGCGAGGACAAAUGCGUUGGAUUGAAAAUAAAACUACUCUUUUUUAUUGUAAUGUCCUAUCAUACUUUAUCUUGA